AUGCUUUGUGGACUUUGGACUGUCAUAUUUUACAACUGCAAAAGGACAUUGAGCUCUACAAUGAUUCAAAACAGCACCCAAGACAGAUAUAUGGAAAGUGUUGUCAGAAGUUUCAUCUUUGUUCUUUUUGGGAUCAUAAUUAACUCCAUCAAUGGAGUGCUUGUGUUUACAUUCUUUAGGAGUUCAGUUUUCUACAAUGAUCCAAGAUAUAUUUUAUAUAUUAAUUUGGUUAUUAAUGAUUCGCUCAUGGUUUUUUUCAGUGUAACUCUUUCUGUAAUGAGUUAUGCAUGGCCGAGGGUUCCUUUCCCAUUCUGUGUCACCCUGCUAAUAGUAGCUGCAACUUCUUAUAACAACACUCCUCUGACUUUGGCUGGUAUGGCCAUUGAGCGUUACAUUGCCAUCUGCAAACCACUGCAUCACCAUCAGAUCUGCACAGUGCGCAGGACAUACAUCCUCAUCGCUCUGAUUUGGUGUGUCAGUGUUUUACCUGGAUUGAUUGACUUGAUUAUCAUAGUAAUUUUUCGUACUUUAUCUGUCUUUACUACAAGUACCCUUUGUAGUUCAACAAGUGUGUAUAACACACCAUACAGUGAAGAACUGAGCAAAGUAAAGAAUAGUCUGUACUUAUCUGUUGUGUGGGUAAUCCUUGUAUUCACAUAUUGCCAAGUGCUGAUUGUGGCCAGAAGGGCCUCCGCUGAUAAAUCCUCAGCAAAAAAGGCCCAAAGCACAAUCCUGUUACAUGGAGCACAGCUUCUGCUCUGUAUGUUGUCCUACAUUACUGGUAUCAUAGACAAGAUUUCUGCUCAACUUUCACGAGAUGAUCUGAAAAAAGUGACCAUUCCUAAUUACCUUAUAACAAACUUAUUACCACGACUGCUUACCCCGCUGAUUUAUGGUGUUCGAGAUAAACUUUUUUAUAAUCACAUGAAAAGGCUUUUUGCAUGUAAAUUACUUAUUGUAAAGGUCAAUUCAACCAAACAGUGA